CAGUAGUAGCAGAGUUCCGGUAGGGGGCGCGGUUUGAGUUAGCGGCCACACUGCGGGCAUCCCCGCGCAUACAUUAGCAGCCGGCAGGUCACAAAGGCGAACCUGUGCCUCCCCGUCGUUAUCUUCAUUCAUACACACAGUGCAUAAAUACCGCUGCAGUGCUAAUUCUUCCACCCAGUCUCUCCUUCGUGAGAACGUGACAGUUUUCUCGACUCUCCGAAACUUUUUUUCCGAGAACGUACGCCCGGAGACCAGCGUCAACAACGAGAUGAGUUCUGCGGAAACGAUGAAGCAGCCUACCGCGGCGUCGCCGGACCAGUUCUCGGUUAGCCACCUCCUGAGCGCCGUGGAGAGCGAGAUCUCGGCGGGGUCGGAGAAGGGAGACCCGACCGAGCGGGACCUGAAGAUUACCCUGGAGGAAAAACCGUUAUGGGACAAGUUCAACGCCCUGACUAACGAAAUGAUCGUCACCAAGAACGGAAGACGCAUGUUCCCCGUGCUGAAGGUGAACGUGUCCGGACUGGACCCUAACGCCAUGUACUCCUUCCUGCUGGACUUCACGGCCGCCGACAACCACCGCUGGAAGUACGUGAACGGCGAGUGGGUUCCCGGCGGCAAGCCCGAGCCGUCCGUGCCGAGCUGCGUCUACAUCCACCCCGACUCGCCCAACUUCGGCGCGCACUGGAUGAAAUCACCUGUGUCCUUCAGCAAGGUCAAACUCACCAACAAACUCAACGGUGGAGGACAGCAGAUCAUGCUGAACAGUCUACACAAGUACGAGCCCAGACUGCACAUCAUCAAGGUAGGCGGGCCGGAUAACCAGCGCAUGGUCAGCACGCACACCUUCCCGGAGACACAGUUCAUAGCAGUUACGGCGUACCAGAAUGAAGAGAUCACAGCUCUGAAGAUCAAGUAUAACCCUUUCGCCAAGGCUUUCUUGGACGCAAAAGAAAGAAGUGAUGGGAAGGACGGAAUGGAAGAUUUGCAAGAUCAACCACAAUAUUCUCAACUCGGAGGCUGGUUCCUGCCGGGUACAGGCCCCAUCUGCCCGCCGCCCAACCCUCACCAGUUCGCCCCGUCCCUCGGCCUGCCCAGCCACGGCUGUGACAGAUACAGCACUCUGAGGAACCACCGCUCGGCGCCCUACCCGCACCCGUACCAGAGAAGCUCUCCUCCAACUAACUACGGACACGACACGGCGGCCAGCCUUCCCAUGAUGCCGACGCACGACAACUGGUCGGGCCUGCCGGUCUCCACCCACAACAUGCUGUCCAUGUCAGCCAUGCCUCACACCACCACAUCCACGCACGCGCAGUACCCCAACCUCUGGUCCGUCUCUAACAACAACCUGACGCCCACCACGCAUGCGCAGACGCACAUGUCCGGCACCAUGGGCACGGGGCUGCCGCACCAGUUCCUGAGGACCACCGCGCCUGCGCCCUACCAUUCCAUCCCCACCUGCACGGUACCGACCACGGCGUCCAGCUCUCCGGUGUACCACGACUCGCACGAGGUGUCUUCCACGGACAGCGGGUACGGGCACUCCACUACCCCACCCGCCCCGCAGACAAGGAUAACCUCAAACAACUGGAGCCCUAUGACUCCACCAUCGCUCUAAAUAUAAUAUCCUACCAACAAAAGUGGAAAAAACAUUGUACAAAUUCAAAAUAAGCUUUAUUUUAGUUGUAUAGAAUGCGUGCUCUCUUGCUUUAUCUUGCCAAAGAUACCAAAGAACCGAAAGUUUGAGCAUAACCUUUGUAUAUUUAAGACCCUGAGCAAUGUCUUUCCUCAGGUAGCUUGUGGUAAAAAUGCUAACAGACAGAUUGUAUUACGUGUAUAUACUUAUACCAAAGCUGUGGUCUGAAAUUAUAUACUAGCUUUUGUUGCAUACCGUAGAUUUUAUCAGAGAUACGUAUUUUUGCAAGAGACAUUUGUAUUUAAAGAAAGCCCAAGAGCAUUACUUAUUUAUUGAUAUUUUUUAUCCUCGCUUCUUACAUUAUCUGUAUAUAGUUGUACAGUUUGGGUGACAUUUUGCACUACCUUAUUAUCGGAAGUAGUAAAUUACCGCUGCUCGCCUGACCAACUCGUCAACCUGUUACUUACCUGGAUUACCCUUAAUUGUGCAGACAAACAGAUAGCAAGCCAGCACUUAAGGCACGUGUUAAAUCACCUGCCGGCUAUUUGAACUUUUAAGCCACUCCAUAAGAGGUGAUUCACACCAAUACGCGAGACACCUCCGAUAAAAGGUGCCACAACCUGCUUUUACACCCUGCACCAAGAGAAAAACUUCCGACACUUUUGUAUUUCUGUAUCAGCUUGGCGACAAGAACUUGCAAGAAUUGCGGUGGGACAAUCAGUGAUUGUGUUGUACCUUUUGUAAACGUAGCUUUUCUACCUGUUGUCAGUAAAAAGGAGGGUUAAUAAAGACGUAUGUUGUGCGUUUGUUUGGGACAGAAAGA